AUGUCUCAAGGGAUCCUUCUCCUCCAGCGGGGCUUGCUGUCCGAUGAGGAUGUUGUCUCCCCCAUGUUUGAAUCCACAGCUGCAGACCUGGUGUGUAUACGCAAGAAUUCUUUGUCAGAAUGUUCUGUCAUCUCUACUUCCUGGAAGGACAAACAGGUUCCAUGUGAGGACAAUACUGAGAAGGUGAAGAUAUACCUGCGAAUCAGGGCCCUUAUUACCUUACAGAACCUAGAACGACAGGAGGAUCAGAUUGAGAAUAAGGAGACCCUUGUUCUUACAAACCAAGACUCCUUUGCCCUAAAGAGCAAUGAGAGGGGAAUGGGCCAAGCACCACAAUUCACCUUUUCUCAAGAUAUUGGGCCAGAAGUAGGCACAAGGCUCUUCUUCAACCUGACCGUGAACGAAGUUAAAGAUUACUCACAAGGGCAGAACUGGCUCAUCUAUACGUAUGGUACCAACUCAGGAAAAACCCACACAAUUUCAAGUACCAUCAAGGAUGGAGGGAUCCUGCCCCCCCGGCUUAUCUUCAAUAGCCGUCCAAGCGGCCAACUUCAUCCAACACCGGACCUGAAGCCUUUACCCAAUGAGAUAAUCUGGCUAGAUAACAAGCAAUUGACAGAGGAAAAUGAGAAGCUUGUCCCGCUAAAUGGAGCCUCCAGAGAGGAGCUGUCCACCUCCUUUUGAAAGAGGAAUGUCACAUGAAAGUCGGAUGGGUACCAGCACCGCUUUGACAGUGGCAUUGCUGGGCUGUCUUACAGUCAGUUUACCAGCAAUAGUCAGCUGGAUGGUAUGUUCCAUGACGGAAACAAAAUCACCGUAUGGGCACAGCCCAGGACACUGCCUCCAGUAAGUGUUCCCAGCAGACAUUCGCUUUCUCCAUCUGGGAUCUCCUUCUUUGAGAUCUACAAUAACUGGCUUUACGACCUGUUAGAACACCUAGUCAGCGCGCAAGAGCGGACCUGCGCUAUGUUGAGGAUUCAAAAUGGCAAUCCUAUGUUUGAAAGGAUCUCAAACUGGAUUCAUGUUCAAGAUGCUGAAGAAGGAAAUCUCUGAAAAGUGGCCGUAAAGAACCAGAAGUUUGCCAGCACCCACCUGGAUCAGAGCUCUAGGCCGGCAGGUAAUCACAGCAUCUUCUCAAUUCGAAUCCUGCACCUUCAAGGGGAAGGAGAUAUUGUCCCCAAGUCAAAGCAGAACCUAGUUCCCUUUCGUGACAAGCAAGCUGACAUCGAGUGUGUUUUCAAGGGCUUUGUCACAGGUCGAGGCCGCUGCUGAUUCGUCAACGUCAAUCCCUGUGCAUCUACCUAUGAUGAACUCUUCAUGUAGCCCAAGUUCUCAGCCAUUGCCAGCCAGCUUGUGCAUGCACCCACCUGUGCAACUGGACUCCCAUCCCUAAAUCAUUCCAUCAAGGAACAUAGUCUUCAGCAUCCCCUGACGCUUAGAAAAAGGGAGUAAGGCAGACACAGUCUUGAGACCAUGUUUGAACGAACUGAUAUCUCUAUGUACAGCAAGGAGGUAAGAGUACAAAAAGCUUGGUUGAAACGUUGCUUUAAAAGAACACAGGAAAAGUUGCAGCUGGAGAUACAGCUCCGUGAUGAAAUUUGCAAUGAGAUGGUGGAACAGAUGCAACAACGGGAACAAUGGUGCAGUGAGCAUUUGGACACCCAAAAGGAACUAUUAGAGGAAAUGUAUGAAGAGAAACUACAGAUCCUUAAGGAUUCACUGACAAGUUUUUACCAAGAAGAGAUUCAGGAGCGGGAUGAAAAGAUUGAAGAGUUAGAAGCACUCCUGCAGGAAGUCAGGCAGAGGCCUGUGGCUCAUCAACAGUCAGGGUCUGAAUUGUCCCUACGGCGGUCACAGAGGUUGGCAGCUUCUGCCUCCACUCAGCAGCUCCAGGAGGUUAAAACUAAACUAGAACAAUGUAGAGCAGAGCUCAACUCCACCACUGAAGAGCUACAGAAGUAUCAGCAAAUGUUAGAACCACCACCCUCAGCCAAACCCUUCACCACUGAUGUAGACAAGAAAUUAGAGGAGGGCCAGAAGAAUAUAAGGUUGCUGCGGUCAGAACUUCAGAAACUCAGCCAGUCGCUCCAGUCAGCAGAAAGGGCCUGUUGCCACAGCACUGGGGCAGAAAAACUUCGCCAGGCUUUUACCACUUGUGAUGACAUCUUAAUUAAACAGGACCAGACCCUGGCUGAGCUGCAAAAUAACAUGGUGCUAGUGAAACUGGACCUUCGGAAGAAGGCAGCAUGCAUCGCUGAGCAGUACCAUACUGUGCUCAAGCUUCAAGGCCAGGCUUCUUCCAAAAAGCGCCUUGGUGCCAACCAGGAAAACCAGCAACCAAACCAGCAACCUCCAGGGAAGAAACCAUUCCUUCGAAACUUACUUCCCCGAACACCCACCUGCCAAAGCUCAACAAACUGCAGCCCUUAUGCUCGGAUUUUACGCUCACGGCACUCUCCAUUACUCAAAUCUGGGCCUUUUGGCAAAAAAUACUAAGGCUUUAGGGAAGAGUACAGUUGUUGCCCUAA